GUAAGUUCUGGUAGGAUUAUAUUCGAGGUAUUUUAUGAACGUUGACACCGGUUUCGUUGAAAAGUAAAAAAAGGAGCUAUCACGUGACAAAACUAUCACAUGAUCAAACAUGGAUGUCUGGAUUUAAAAUAUCUGCUAACAUGAAUGUCAGCAUGAAUGAAGAGAUGUUUGCCUCAGUGACAGAUCCCUGCAACUCGACAGGAAAUGAAACGUAUCCUACAUAUCUUGGCUUCAUCGGAGCAGGCGUGUCAGUUGUGUUUUAUGCCAGCAACUUUAUACCUGUCAAAAAAUUUGAAACAGGAGAUGGUAUGUUCUUCCAGUGGAUUCUCUGCAGUGCCAUUCUUUUAGUCGGCAUGGUUCUGCAGGCAAUACGCAGAUCAACAUUCUAUCCCAUUGUAAUGGUUGGAGGAGCAGUGUGGGCUACAGGGAAUGUAUGUGUUGUUCCAAUUAUCAAGACUAUUGGACUUGGACUUGGUAUCUGUAUAUGGGGAACAUUUAAUUUGUUGGCUGGCUGGGCAAGUGGAAGGUUUGGUUGGUUUGGAAUAAAUGCCGAAGUACCAGGCAAUGUGACCUUCAACUACAUAGGAGUGGCCCUGUCGGCUUCUAGUGCUUUCAUCUAUGCAUUCAUAAAGCCAGAAAUUGACACACCCAAACUGGAAAUGACGUUUGAGAUAUCAGGGGCGGAAGUUGAGCCACUCAUUCCUAAUAACCAGGCAGAUAGCCGGAGUGCAAGUUCAUCACUCUAUGGAAACCCCUCGGAUGAUGUUAUUAUUUUUAAUAAGAAGAAAACUGGUAGUGUGAACCAACCGCCAAGUCUCCAAGCAUACAAUCGUGAUGAUGAAACAUUUCUAGACCGACUGGGUCCUAUUGGCAAGAGAGUUUUAGGUGUUGUCUUGUCGGUAGUGUCUGGGGUAUUUUAUGGACUGAUGUUUGUACCUGCUAUUUAUAUAAAAGACACCAGACCCUGUGCCAGCCAAAACUUAUUGGAUUACGUAUUUGCUCAUUUCUGUGGUAUCUACCUCGCCAGCACGUUUUAUUUCCUGCUGUACUGUGCUGUGAACAAGAAUCGGCCCAAGAUUUAUCCAAAGGUCAUAUUGCCGGGCAUAGUGUCUGGGGUCAUGUGGGCUGUUGCCACGGGGUUCUGGUUCAUUGCCAACAGCGCCCUGUCGGAACCUGUGUCAUUCCCCAUCAUCACCACAGUACCCGCGGCCAUUGCCUCGCUCGUCUGGGGAGUGUUGGUUUUCAAAGAGAUUCGAGGAAGAAGAAACAUACUCAUCUUGUUACUGGGGGUUUUGAUGACUCUGUCGGGAGCAAUUCUGGCUGGUCUGUCCAAGUCAUGAAACAUCUAAGUCGGCCAGAGUUUACAUAUCAUGUUCAUGUUAUCAGGAAGAAUUUGUUGUGUUGAGAACUUACACUGCAGAAUACUCUACCAUUCCAGUUUCUAGACCCAAUAUGCACAACAGGGGUGGAUCCAGGAAUUUUGAAAGGGCCACACCAUGUGGAAUUGGUUUGGAAAUCCCCCCCACCCCCACCCCCAUUUCUACAGUUGGUCCAAAUAAAAUGUUUUAUUGCAAUCAAAAAUAGUAACUUGCAAUGCUGUGUUUGUCCAAUAGCCGAUGAUUAAUAAAUCAAUAUGCUCUAGUGGUAUCAUUAAACAAAACAAACUUUAACAAACAAAAUUUCAAAUAUUACUAUCAAGAUGUCUCAAUGUUAAAUAUUUACUUGUAUUUGAGUGUGUGUAUGCAUAUGCUUGUGUGUGUAUUUCUGUAUGUAUAUUUGUGUCUGUGUCUAUCUUUAUUGCCAAACUUGGUUUGAAUGUUUCUUAAUAUUUGCAAUCAUGCUUACAAGUUUCAAACACUAUAACCAAACUUACAAAGGGCUGUAGACAGUACCAAUGCCAUUUGGAAAUCCUAAUAUAAGAUAUUGAUGUAUUAAGGACUUGAUUAAUGGAUAAAUGAUUAAUGUGAAUAUUCACUUCAAUGUAUAGUCUCCAGUAUCUCAGGGGAAAGAGGGACGCUUCAAUCAUAUGACCGUAAAAAGAAGCAAAGAACUCGUUGGAAGAUUUUAAGCCAUCCCAUUGGCUGUUCGUAUGUUCGGACCAGUCCAUUGUUCCAGGGGAAAAUACCAUUAGUUUGAGGUCAGGCUAAGUAUUCAUAAAAAGAGAAAAUGAUUCCAAGUUUUCUACAGUUCCUCAUCUGGUUGCAAUAAGUAAUUAAAUCUACAUAAAAUGAUUGUAAUGCAAAUUCCAUGACUAUUUUAUUUUGUUAUUAAAAGUCUACAAGACAUGAUUUUCUUCAAUCAGUUAAUUGUGGCAUCAACUUACUUCAAUCAUUCUUAACAGAUAAAUCUGUAAGCAGCAGUUAGUAUGGUAAUUUUUCAUGGAAUGAAGAAAGCUGAAUCUGCAGAGGGCACGGUCAAAAUCUGGUUCAGAAGUUUUACAUGCAUACCCAGCCUCUGGCACAAAUGCCCAUAAAGGAAAAUAAUGGAAUUGGUUUGUGGGAACUGACCUGUUAGAUUGGUAGAGUGAUAUAUUCUUGGUUAAAAGCCAUUAUAGUAUGGAGUUUGAGUUAUUUAUUGCAUUCGUGACAAUCUAGCACAUUUUCAUAUAUAGGACUAGCUGUUCCUGAAUUCAUCACUGGGAGGGGGAGGGGGGAAUUUAGCUCAGUCGGUUGAGUAUUCGCUUGAGGUGCUUGCGUCGUAGGAUCGAACCACCUCAGUGGAUCCAUAUAGCUGAUUGGGGUUUUCUCAUUCCAA